UUUUCAAGUGGUGGAACGGUCUAACUGACCCGACCCACCAAGGGGCUUGAAUCCGAUCGUCAAGAAUUCAUUUAUGUAAUAGUUAUUACUAUUAGGAACAAUUCUUCCGAUCUGAAUCUGAAAUUCUGUUCAAUCUUAACAUUUGCUACUCAAAAAGCUCUCUCAGGUGCAUUCAAUCUUCGAGGCCUUUGGUUGGCUUCACCAAUAUGGCCGAUGUUGCGACGAACAAAGUGGGUCGGUCUUAUAGUGAGACAAAUGAUGCUCAGAGAAAUGUGUUUGAUUUAGGAGCAUUUGUUGGGGACUUGACUGUCGAGGAGGAUGCGAGCAGUGAUGAUAUAUCAUUGGAAGGCCUGCAGCAAGAACUGGAAGAAUGUAAAAAUGAUGAUGUAGUUGCAAACAUACUGUCGAAAGGUACGAAAUUAAGGGAGUAUACGAAGGGGGUUGAGAACAAUUUACGGCAAGUUGAAUUGGACUCGAUUCAGGAUUACAUAAAAGAAAGCGAUAAUUUAGUGUCUCUUCAUGAUCAAAUUCGUGAAUGUGACAGCAUCUUGUCACAGAUGGAAACUCUCCUCAGCGGAUUUCAAACUGAAAUUGGUUCCAUAAGUUCAGACAUAAAAAUCCUCCAGGAGAAGUCUAUGGAUAUGGGUCUGAAGCUUAAGAAUCGCAAGGUGGCAGAAUCAAAAUUGGCAAAAUUUGUUGAAGACAUUAUUGUCCCCCCAAGGAUGGUUGACAUAAUUGUUGAUGGAGAGGUCAAUGAUGAAUACAUGAGAACCCUUGAGAUUCUAAGUAAGAAGCUGAAGUUUGUAGACGUUGAUCCUAUGGUCAAAGCUUCAAAAGCUCUAAAAGAUGUUCAACCUGAGCUAGAAAAACUACGGCAGAAAGCAGUUUCAAAGGUGUUUGAUUUCAUUGUCCAGAAGCUUUAUGCACUGAGAAAACCCAAAACAAAUAUCCAGAUCCUUCAACAGAAUGUUCUUUUAAAGUACAAGUAUGUUGUUUCCUUCCUCAAAGAACAUGGCAAUGAAGUAUAUACUGAGGUCCGUGGAGCAUAUAUUGACACAAUGAACAAGGUUUUAAGUGCACAUUUCCGUGCUUAUAUUCUGGCUCUGGAGAAACUACAAUUGGAUAUAGCUACAUCUAGCGAUUUGAUUGGUGUGGAGACACGAAGCAGUGGUCUUUUUUUAAGAGGAAGAGAACCACUAAAGAAUCGGUCUGCUGUUUUUGCUCUGGGGGAGAGGAUAAAAAUUUUGAAGGAAAUUGAAGAACCUGCUUUAAUACCGCAUAUAGCUGAAGCCAGCUCCAGCAAGUAUCCUUAUGAGGUCCUCUUCAGGAGUUUGCACAAGCUGCUUAUGGACACUGCUACUUCUGAGUAUAAUUUCUGUGAUGAUUUCUUUGGUGAGGAAUCCAUAUUUUACGAAAUUUUUGCAGGUCCAUUUGCUGUCAUUGAUGAACACUUCAAUUCAAUACUUCCAAAUUGUUAUGAUGCUAUUGGCCUAAUGCUCAUGAUUGGGAUAAUACAUCAGCACCAGCUCAUAAUGUCUCGGAGGCGAAUUCCAUGCUUGGAUUUAUAUUUGGACAAGGUCAAUAUUUCCCUAUGGCCUCGUUUCAAGAUGGUAUUUGAUAUGCAUCUCAACAGCAUGCGAAAUGCAAAUGUGAAGACGUUAUGGGAAGACGAUGUUCAUCCUCACUACGUAAUGAGGCGGUAUGCUGAAUUCACAGCUUCACUAAUCCGCCUUAAUGUUGAAUAUGGAGAUGGGCAGCUUGAAUUGAAUUUGGAACGACUGAGAAUGGCUGUUGAUGACUUGCUUAUCAAGCUUGCAAAAAUGUUUCCAAAAGCAAAACUACAAAUUGUGUUUCUGAUAAACAACUACGAUAUGACAAUUUCUGUUCUAAAGGAAGCUGCUCCAGAAGGUGGGAAAAUUCAAAUGCACUUUGAGGAACUGCUGAAGAGCAACACAACAUUAUUUGUGGAAGAACUGCUACUAGAGCAUUUCAGUGAUAUAAUAAAGUUUGUAAAGACCCGAGCCUCGGAGGACCCAAGUUCGAGUUCUGAUAAGGCCAUAACUGUUGCUGAAGUGGAGCCACUUGUGAAGGACUUUGCGAGUAGAUGGAAAGCUGCAAUAGAGUUGAUGCACAAAGAUGUCAUUACUUCUUUCAGCAGCUUACUGUGUGGUAUGGAAAUUUUGAGGGCUGCGUUGACUCAGCUGUUGCUAUAUUAUACCAGGCUCUCGGAUUGCAUAAAGAGGAUUGUUGGUGGAUCUGCACUGAACAAGGAUCUAGUGUCCAUAUCUUCAAUCAUGUAUGAAAUUAGGAAAUACUCGAGGACCUUCUAAAUCAUCCAGGUUGGGAACUUUUCAAUCCCGUCUUUGGACGCUUUAAGAGGUAAUGAUUUGGACUGGGACUUUCACUCUCUUCCCACAUGUGUGCACACACGCCCACACUCCAAACACACAUGGGAAAGAAAAUAGUGCCCCUACUAGAAGCAAAUACAAACUUUGUAGUUGUACCCCCAUCAUUUCGGCUUAUUUAAACAGAAUCAUGGAUUUUGCUUGGAGGCUAAUAUACGAUGGCUCACCCUGUUUAGUUAAAUGCUGUUUAAGCAAUUAUUCUGCGCUUAGAAUGCUA